AUGGCUGCUGUACUCAUCUAUGGUCUCUGUCUACUGUUUCUAACAGCUCAAGAGGCUUUUGCCAAAAGAAUAUGCACUCCUCAGGAUGUUCUGGAUUACCUCAAUCUGACCAGAAACAACGAGAAAUUUACAACCUGUCGUCCUGUACUUGACUGGACACACCCAACAGUAGUGUACUUGGACGUCUACCUCUCUGCCAUCAUAUCUGUGAUUGAAAAGUCACAAAUCUUUGUUUCAUAUUUGUGGAUGUCAGUGACUUGGAGCAAUGAGCUAAUCUCUUGGAAUCCUGAUGAUUUCUGUGGGAUCACUCAAGUCUCUGUGCCAAGGGAGAUGCUUUGGAAACCUGAUCUUUCUAUCAACGAGUUAACAGAAAAGGAGAACGGUCCACCGAGUCCUUAUUUGUCCGUUACUCAUAAGGGAGAAGUGACUAUGGAGGAGAACAUGAGACUCCACACUAUCUGCACAAUGGAUGUCCACAAGUUUCCCUUUGAUAUCCAAAGCUGCCAAAUCACCAUUCUCUCCAUCAUUCAUUCAAAUAGUGAAAUAAAGCUUAUUGCUGCCUCCAAUUCCUCAAAGGUGACACAGAACUCUAGAGAGUUUCUACUCAGUCAGGGCGAGUGGGAGCUGCUGGGCAUGACUGUCGCUGAGGAGAAUGUAACUUAUUUUGACAGCAGCACGUGGGAUUUCAUUAAGUACACGAUAUCAGUCAGAAGGAUGCCUCUACUAUAUAUCCUCAAUUUCCAGUUGCCGGUGCUGUUCUUGCUUGUGUUAGAUCUGGCCUCUUUCUUAAUACCUGACACUAAAGGAGAAAAACUGAGCUUCAAAGUGACCGUGCUGUUGGCCAUUUCUGUUCUACUUCUCAUCCUGAAUGAUAUCCUACCAUCUAAAUCUGACCAAUCUCCUCUGAUGGCAACCUACGUCAUCUUCAUAUUUGCCUUCAUGCUAUUGAGCCUCCUGGAGACGAUUUUGGUGACCUAUCUGAUUGAACUGGACUUGGCAUCUGAAAAGCAAGUCAAUGGGAAGAGAAAGCAAGGAAGCGAUGGCUGUACCUCCUCUGGAGUGAACUCGUCCAGUGAGUCUGUGAUGGAGUUGGGAGCAGCAGGAGCGACGGCUGAUCUGCGCCUGCUGCAGCUGAUCCUGGAGCAGUUGCAGGCUCUCAGGAAGAAUUUACCUAAGGAUGCUCUGAAAACUCAUGGCAGAGACAGCCACUGGAGCCAAGUGGCCAAACGCAUCAAUGCAGCUUUCUUUGUUUUCUAUUUCUGCUUCAUCUUUCUGUUUCUCAUCCUCAUCAGUUUGGAAUGGAUAGGAUAG